GCAGCCGUUGCUAUUAUGUGCGAUUUCUGCAAACCGCCACCUCAAGGGUCCACAAAGAGCUGCGUGGACUGCAGUGCAAGCUAUUGCAAUGAAUGUUUCAAAAUACACCAUCCUUGGGGAACUGUGAAAGCCCAGCAUGAAUAUGUAGGACCAACCACCAACUUCAGACCCAAGAUUUUGAUGUGUCCAGAACACGAAAUGGAGAGGGUAAACAUGUACUGUGAACUCUGCAGAAGGCCUGUUUGUCAUCUUUGUAAACUGGGUGGAUGUCAUGCAAACCAUAGAGUAACAACCAUGAGCACUGCCUACAAAACCCUUAAGGAGAAGCUUUCAAAAGAUACCGAGUACCUCAUCAGUAAGGAGAGCCAGGUGAAAGCUCACAUCACACAGCUGGAUCUGCUGCUGAAAGAAACAGAGUGCAACAGUGAAAGAGCUAAAGAAGAAGCAUCUCAGAGUUUUGAGAAAUUAUCAUCUCAUGUCCUGGAAGAGAAGAAAUCUGCAGCUCUUAAGGCAAUUGAAGCCUCUAAGAAUUUCAGGCUGGAAAAAUUGCAGGCGCAAGCAGAAGAAUAUCAAGGGCUCCUGGAAAGUAAUGGCCUUGUAGGAUAUGCUCAAGAAGUGCUUAAAGAAACUGAUCCAUCUUUUUUUGUUCAAACAGCAAAACAACUUCAUGUCAGAAUCCAAAAAGCUACUGAAUCUCUGAAGAACUUCAGGCCAGCAGCUGAAACUACUUUUGAAGACUUUGUGGUGGACAUAGCCAAGCAAGAAGACAUCCUUGGUGACUUGGCCUUCCAUUCCAAUGGUCUAGAAACACCAGAAAUCAAUGAAGAGCAGAGCAGAGUCUACAACAAAGCUCUGAUCAGUUGGGAACGCCCUGGGAAGAGAGACUCAGCUGAUACCUAUGUUCUUGAGUAUCAUAAGCUUAAUAGAGAAGAGGAGAGUGCGACGUGGCAGGAGAUCAAAGUUUGCAGCAAGAGCAAAGCAAUAGCUGAUCUUGAUGACAACAGCAGCUAUGCCUUCAGAGUUCGAGGAUAUAAAGGGUCCAUCUGUAGCCCUUGGAGCCAAGAAGUUAUUUUGCAUACGCCUCCAGCUCCAGUUUUCAGUUUUCUUUUUGAUGACAAAUGUGGGUACAACAGCGAACAUCUCCUGCUGAACCCAGGAAGAACCUCUGUGGAAAGUAGGGCUGGAUUUCCUCUACUGCUGGGAUCUGAGCACAUGCAGGUCGGAUGCUACACAACCCUGGAUUACAUCAUUGGCGACACUGGGAUUGCCAAAGGGAAGCACUUCUGGGCUUUUCAUGUGGAAGCCUAUUCCUACCUGGUGAAAGUGGGAGUUGUUUCUAGCAGCAAGAUACAGAAAUUGUUCCAUAAUACCUAUGAUGUGACCAGCCCAAGAUACGAGCAAGACAGUGGUCAUGACAGUGGGAGUGAAGAUGCCUUCUUUGACUCAUCACAGCCUGUCACACGGGUCACUUUAGGCAUGAAGAAGUUCUUUAUCCCCAUGACACCUGCUUCCCCCAAGGAUCCAGCAAGCAGAAUCCUCCCCCUGCCGUCGUGCUUGGGCAUCUGCCUUGAGUGUGACAAAGGCAAGGUGGGGUUUUACGACGCAGGCCGUAUGAAAUGCCUUUAUGAAUCCAAGGUGGACUGCUCUGGCAUGAUGUCCCCAGCAUUUGCCUUAAUGGGUGGCGCAGCGGUUCAUCUUGAGGAAGCUGUCACAGCAAGGUAUGGGGAGUACCACGAUGACAUCUAGUGCAGUAAUCUCUUCCCAUUGCUGUUCUGAGGUGGAAGAUGAGAGCAGAAGAAUUCUACCUUAGUUUUCAGUCCUGAUUAAUUACAUUCUACCUACGUGUUGCUCACAAGCCUCUGGGCCGUGCUUUUUUUAAACAAACAGUCCAGACACUUCCCACACCAGUGGGAAAUGUUCUUCCAGGAACUCUCCUGCCUUUCUUGCGAUCUGUGCAAUGCUGUUAUCCGCAGACUUUCUUCCCAGGGGGAAGCAGGGAAGAAGUUUGACUAGCAACCAAAAC